AUGCCGCCACCGCCAUACACCAACCGACCGCUGAGUUUUUCGGAGCGACGAGGGGCCGCCUUCAACGAGGAGUUGUCAUUGAAGACGCAUAAUGCAAAGCUCUCGCAGGGGCAGCAACGUCCGCGCGGCCCGCCCACGCCGAGCAUGAGCACACCAGCGGCGGACUUCGAGCAAGUUACGGGCUCGCCCCCUCCACCGCCGACGCCAGCUGCUUCGCCUGGGCCAUCGCACUCGAGAUUGGAUUGGGGCGCUGCUGGAGAGGACGAGGAAGCCCAUCUCUCGGGGUUGCGCAAGUACUUUCUGCAGUGUAGUGGUGGACAGAGGACUCGAUUGCUCGCGGAUCUACUCAAUCUUUGCACUAGCGGGCAAUUGAGUUUCGUGCACCAAUUCGUCAGCCCUCUGUUGAAGAAGGAUCCUUUUACCACACUACCGGACGAGUUGUGUCUUCGAAUCCUGUCCUUCAUUGAUGACCCGAAAGUCCUCGCGCGCGCAUCACAAGUUUCACGCCGGUGGCGGGAUUUGCUAAGUGACGAUAUGACAUGGAAGAAUCUCUGCGUGAAGCACGAUUACCAGCGGAGGCUAUCUGAAGUCCAACAUUCCGUCCGUUUGGCUGCGGCAGCGAGGGCCGAGCCCUACACCUUCGGCCAAAACAACGACGAGUCACCGAACCACACCUUUUCCGGCGCGAUCACCUCGAGUUCACUCCCGGCCACGUUUGAUGGCAGUGCCAGUUCGCGACCCAUGCUCAGGUCCUACAAGUCACACUUCAAACAGAGGUAUCUGGUGGAUGCCGCUUGGCGGGCCGGCGGCCACAAUGUGUCGCGGAAUAUCACGCAGGACGGUGGCGUUGUCACCAGCUUGCAUCUCACCUCCAAGUACAUCGUGGUCGCGCUGGAUAACGCCAAGAUCCAUGUGUUCGACACGGAAGGGAAUGCACUGCGCACACUGCAGGGCCAUGUUAUGGGCGUCUGGGCUAUGGUGCCUUGGGACGACAUUCUGGUUAGCGGUGGAUGUGAUCGUGACGUUCGCGUCUGGGAUUUGUCUACUGGUGCCUGUCUACAUACUCUCCGGGGUCACACUUCCACUGUCCGCUGCCUCAAAAUGUCGGACGCCAACACCGCAAUUUCUGGGUCCCGAGAUACCACCCUUAGGAUAUGGGAUAUCAGGACCGGGGUGUGCAAGAAGGUGCUCGUGGGCCAUCAAGCCAGCGUCCGGUGCCUGGAAAUCAAGGGCGACAUUGUCGUUUCUGGUAGCUACGAUGCCACAGCCAAGGUUUGGAGUAUCUCAGAGGGGCGUUGCCUGCACACCCUUCAAGGGCACUACAGCCACAUCUACGCUAUCGCCUUCGACGGACAACGCGUGGCAACUGGCAGUUUGGAUACAAGCGUGAGGAUUUGGAAUGCCCAGACUGGCGAAUGCCAAGCCAUCCUCCAAGGACAUACCUCCCUCGUUGGACAGCUACAAAUGCGCGGUGGUACACUUGUCACAGGCGGUAGCGACGGAUCUGUGAGGGUAUGGUCCCUGGAGAGGUUCUGUGCCAUCCACCGGCUCGCCGCCCAUGACAACAGUGUGACCAGCCUGCAAUUCGACGAUACCCGGGUGGUUAGCGGUGGUAGCGACGGGCGGGUCAAGGUUUGGGACCUGAAGACAGGUAACCUUGUCCGCGAGUUGGUCACCCAAGGCGAGGCUGUCUGGCGCGUUGCUUUUGAGGAGGAAAAAUGCGUUGCUAUGGCGCUUAAAAACAGCCGGACUGUGAUGGAGGUUUGGUCCUUCUCUCCCCCAGAAGAGAUGCUCAACGACGAGCGCUCCAUGUUGCCUGGGAAACGAAGGGUUGACGGGCCUACCUCAGAUCGUCCGUUGAGCGCGUUCUCGCUCGACUACCGCGGUUCCGGUUCCAGCAGCGGAAUCCAGGAUGUGGAGAUGACAGAUAUCGGUCCCUCAACCGCACCUCUUCAACAGAGCGGUCCGACUUUUUUCGAUGACGAUGAAUGA